AAUUUAUUAUACUGUAAGUGUAUUUUUAUUAAAAUUUUAGAGUUGUUAGUAUAAAAGAUGGUGGAUUCAGUUUUAGGUAUUUCUGUGGAAUUUCCUAAAUGGAAGACUCGUAUAGUCAAAUCGGACCAUUUCGGGCCCAUGGACUACAACAAGCCAGCCCACAUUUUGAACAGCUCUAUUCCAGAAGAAGAGAAAGCUUAAGAACUGAAUGGCAUGAAACGUAUGGUUGUUGAACCCUAAAGUCGAACUACAAGUGACGCAGCGAGCUAUCGGAGAACGGAAAAGAAAGUAAUCUUUCUUUAAUUUACCUUCUGUUUUUUUUAUUUCAAUUGCAUCCGGCAACUCGAUCUUCCCCUAUACCCUGGCAGGAGGGUCUAGAGAUUGAGAGGAGCAUUAUGCAGGGAGGAGUUUCAACUUUUGCACGUAGCUCCUUUUCUGAAGUUUGAAGAAACAGAGAAUUUGUACCAUUGAAAAUGUGGUAGCUGUCUGUGUUGAUUUUAUUGGGGUGUUUGCUCUUAACGGAUCUUGGAAAAGGAAUAAAGAUAAUAGGAAGAGGAAGAAGCAACAGAAGGUGGAGUGAGGAAGAUGGAAUGCAAUAAAGAUGAGGCUGCAAAGGCAAAACAGAUUUCUGAGAAGAAAUUUUUGGCCAAGGACCUUGCUGGAGCAAAGAGAUUUGCUUUGAAGGCCCAAAAUUUGUAUCCUGGUCUUGAGGGCGUGCAACAUUUGGUAUCAACACUUGAUGUAUACAUAUCAGCAGAGAACAAGAUAAAUGGGGAAUCAGAUUGGUAUGGGAUCCUUGGUACAGAUCCACAAGCUGAUGAUGAGACAGUGCGAAAACAGUAUAGGAAGCUUGCUCUGAUGCUUCACCCUGACAAAAACAAGUCUAUAGGAGCUGAUGGAGCAUUUAAGCUUAUUUCUGAGGCAUGGAGCUUAUUAUCUGAUAAGACUAAGAGAGUAGCAUAUGACCAGAAAAGGAAAAAUGUUAAAGCAUCUCAAAAGGUUUCAAAUCCUGCCGGGGGCUCAUCAGCAGCACCAGAGUCCAGCGGUUUUUCUAAUUUCACCAGAUCGAGUACGAAGACACAAAAGAGUACUCAGACGCAUAAGAGUACUCCUCGAAGUAGUCAUUCCUCAGCUACAUUCGCUUCGCAUAAGUCGAAGCCCAGUACCUUUUGGACUGUAUGUCAUCGAUGCAAGAUGCAAUAUGAGUAUCUUAGAGUUUAUCUUAAUCAUAAUCUCCUAUGUCCUAAUUGCCAUGAGCCAUUUUUAGCUGUUGAAACAGCCCCCCCUCCUUCAAGUGGUUCCAAGUCUUCUACCACCUGGAAUUUUUCUCAGCAGCGACAGAAUUCAAAUCAUCAACCUUCCAGUAAAAAUACAUCAAAUUCUGGUAGUAACACUAUGGCCCCUCCAAAUGCUGGACCAGGAGGGUUCAGCGGAUCAGAUUCAUGCAAUCAGACCAACUUCCAAUGGGGUCCAUUCUCCAGAGCAGGUGGUGCCUCAUCUGUUGCACAAGCUGCAAGUGUGGUUCAGCAGGCAUAUGAAAAAGUGAAAAGAGAGCGUGAGGAAGCCCAGGCAGCCACAAAAAGAGAGGAGGCCCUUAAGCGAAAAAAUCAUGCGCCCAAAAGACCGGGUAAUGUAUCCACUGGUGGCUACUCGAAUUCUGCUAAGAGAAGGAGAAGCAAUGAAGAUGUUGGUCUGAGCAACUGUGGAAGCCAUGUUUCAAAUCAAGUGGGUGUAGGGGAAGAAGCUAGAAAAUAUGAUUUAUCUGGAACCAAGAAGGGUAAUGCAACAGUUAGAGUCAAUGGAAUCACCCAGCCGUAUGGCACAGGGGAUGAUUCCCAGUUUGGAAUGCAAACCAUUCUGAUGGAAAAGGCUAGGAGAGAAAUUCGUCAUAAAUUAAUUGAUUUUAACUCAAGUAAAUCUGUUGUUAAAAAUGGGACAAGCAAUGCAAGAGAAAAUAAUCGAGAAGUAUUUCAGACAGAACCUGACACGUGUGAUCAAAAUAAGUCUGCCAAGCCACUGAGUACAGAGAAUGGUAAGUGUUCUUCUGGUACUUCUGGUGCAAGAGAAGGUGGAGAAACUCUGGAACCGAUGUCGAUAGAUGUCCCAGAUCCUGAUUUUCAUAAUUUUGACAAGGAUCGAAUUGAGAAGUGUUUUGGAGAAAACCAGGUAUGGGCUGCAUAUGAUAUUGAUGAUGGGAUGCCCCGAUAUUAUGCCAUGGUCCAUAAAAUAAUCUCUUUGAAUCCGUUUAAGAUGAAGAUCAGCUGGCUUAAUUCAAAGACUAACAACGAGAUAGGCCCGCUAAACUGGGUUGGUUCUGGAUUCUCAAAGACUUGUGGUGAAUUCAGAGUUGGCAGAUAUGAGAUUUAUAAGUCACUCAAUUCUUUUUCACACAAGAUAAAGUGGACAAAAGGCACUCGUGGGGUGAUUCAGAUAUACCCGAAGAAAGGAGAUGUUUGGGCUCUGUAUCGGAAUUGGACUCCUGACUGGAAUGAGUUGACAGAAGAUGAGGUAAUACACAAGUAUGACAUGGUGGAAGUGCUUGAAGAUUACAGUGAUCAGCAAGGUGUAACUGUGGCUCCAUUAGUAAAGGUUGCUGGUUUCAAGACUGUGUUCCAUCAGCAUUUGGACCCUGGAGAAAUCAGGUCUAUUCCAAAGGAAGAGAUAUUUCGGUUUUCUCAUCAAGUUCCCUCAUACUUGCUUACAGGUCAAGAAGGUCCAAAUGCUCCAAAAGGUUGUCGGGAGCUGGAUCCAGCAGCUACUCCAUUGGAACUUCUUCAAGUAAUAAUAGACGUCAAGGAUGAAGAGAUUUUAGAUAAUGAAGAAAAAUUAAAGGAAGAAAGAAGAUAGCAAAUGAUGUUUAAACAAUUUGUGGUAGUAGGGACAAAUCUGUAAGAGCCGUGGAGGACAUAAGGGAAAUUGUAAAGAUAGUGAAGUAGGAAUUAUAGACGAUAUAUCGCUGAAUAUAAGUGGAACAGGCAGUAGAAAAGGUGGUUAGUAAGAAUUAUACAUUAUAUGUCAAAACUUAUUGAUUUUAUUUAAGUGGAACGUUGAGGCUGCAAUUUUACUUUAUUUCAAGUGGGCUGGAUCUCAUAAGCCAUGAUAAUUGGGACAACCAGUGGAGGUAUGAUGGUGUACACUGAUUUUGAGAGAUGGUAGCUGCCCGCCUGAUAUCUCUUUCCCCAUUAACCUGUAGCAGAUAUGAGAAUGCUUUUUUGUACUGGAACAAAAGUUAUUAUUGUUCUGAAGAACUCACUUGCUCUAAUAAUAAUCAUCUGUUCCAGUGA